AAAAAAUACUCUAUUCAAAUUCAAUGCAAUCUCCAAAUUGCUUACAGAUAGUUGUCACUUUAAGUGGGUCCUAAUUCUCUGCUAGUCUGAGUUAUAGCUUCUUCUUUUUCCUUUUUAAUAUUCUGAUUCUCCUCUCCAAGAUCCUUGUUACAGGCCCAGGCUCAUUUCAGUUUUUUUCAAUCCUCCUUGUCUACACUAUUAACUAGUUCUUAUGUUUCUUUUCAACUAUAUUGAGCUUUACUUCACGAAUUUGUAUACCAUUUACAGAAAAAAAUCCUGUAAUCAAAUUCAAAGCAAUCUCGAAAAAGGAGUUCCGAAUUUGCUUACAGGUGCUGUCACUUUAAGUGGGUCUUAACCCUCUCCUAGUCUGAUUUAUAGUUUCUUCCUUUUCCUUUUCAAUAUUCUUAUUCUCCUCUCCUUGAGUAAAAAGGAACUAAAUUUAGUAUAAUAAUACUUCUCGAACCAUUCUGUUACAGGCUCAGCUCAUUUCAGUUUUUUUCCAUUUCUUAAUUUGUUCUUGAAUUUUCUCUGAAGAGAUGGUCAUGGGACCUAUGACAUGGGUCAUACUGUUUCUUGCUCUGAAUUUCGCUCCACUCAAGCCCAUCUGUGCCGCCAAUCAGGAAAAAUGUUCAUAUGUAGUAGAGGUGAAGACAGAGAAAUCACUGAAAUCAUACAUCAUCAAAACACACGGGAUCAAAGAUCCUGUGCAUGUAAGGUUUCGGGAUAAAAAUGGGAUAGAGGUUUUCAAGAAACAUCUGAACGAGGGAGAAGAAGAAAAACGAUUUAAGCCUGGAAAAACUGAUAAUUUCAGUAUACAGGGUGAUUGCUUAAAAGAUGUUGUCUGCCUUCUCAAUUUCAUGGUUGAAGGUGAAGAUGACUGGACUCCCGAGACUGCAAACAUCUACAAAACAAGUCUUGUUGAACCAGACAGUUUCAAUUUUGGGAGAAAGCUUCCAGCCAGAGCAUGGCAUGGGCCUAAUUACUGCAAUUUACCUCAAGACUUGGGCUCUUCUCAAUCAAUCAAAUAUACUAAUGGGGUAGGAAAAGAUCAGGGGCGGCCGUCUUCCAGAAAACCUAAGCAUACGAGUAAAAAGUUCAGCAAUUUCUAAAAAAUAUUGCUGACUAAAAAUGUAAUGGCAAUAAAUAAGUUUAUCAUGGUUUUAGGUAUAAUAUGUGGGAAGUAGUCUUGUUAAGCGUGUGGUUUGUUGGGUGUAGUUUGAUAUUGUGUUUCUGUAUUAUUAAAGUUCAGGUUGAGAUUGCAAGCUUUUAAAGACUUUAGAAGAGUCUUGUAAUAAUGAUAAUGAGUUAAUUAUAUGUUGGAUCUGGUGAUCUUAUAUUUUA